GCCGCUGCUGCUGCUGAUUUCUGGUAUCCUCUCCUGAUUCCGGUGAGGAUUUGAAUGAGUUGGUCGUUCAAACCGUCUUUUUGUAUCGGAAAGGAAGAUGCGCAUCCGAGCAGCCGCAGGAGCAGUUCUGGCGCUUCGAUCAUGGUGGAGUAGUGAUCGCUAUCCAUCAUCCUUCCAUGAAAAAAAUUGAAUCUUCGCGCGAUGGAAUUCAUGGGUGUUUUGAGUUAUUGAGUUGCGUUAUCUUCUUCUUCUUCUUCUUUGUGCUUAUCGUCUUCGGACUGCAGAUUAGGGUUUGUUCUUCGCGUGUUAAUUGAUUAGGAAGAGGGCGUUGCAUCUUUGGCUAAAAGAUGGCCAUGGCAGCGCCGGUGAAGGUUGUUUUGGGCUGCAUUGCCUUCGGAGUAUUCUGGGUUUUGGCCGUGUUCCCUGCCGUCCCCUUCCUCCCCGUCGGGAGAACCGCAGGCUCCCUCCUCGGCGCCAUGCUCAUGGUCAUCUUCCGCGUGAUAUCCCCGGACGAUGCUUACGACGCGAUCGACCUCCCCAUCCUCGGCCUCCUCUUCGGAACCAUGGUCGUCAGCGUCUUCCUCGAGAAGGCCGACAUGUUCAAGUACCUGGGCAAAUUGCUCUCCUGGAAGAGCAGAGGCGGCAAGGACUUGCUCUUCCGCAUCUGUAUCGUCUCUGCAAUCUCCAGUGCCUUGUUCACCAACGACACCUGCUGCGUCGUGCUCACGGAAUUCAUACUGAAGCUCGCGAGGCAGAACAAUCUGCCCCCGCAGCCCUUUCUUCUGGCCCUUGCCUCGAGCUCUAACAUCGGGUCCGCGGCAACCCCGAUAGGCAACCCACAAAACCUGGUUAUCGCUGUGCAGAGUGGGAUUUCCUUCGGGAAGUUCUUGGCAGGGCUCUUCCCCGCAGUGCUCGUGGGGGGGCUCGUGAAUGCAGCCAUCCUCCUCUGCUACUUCUGGAAAUUAUUGUCGGUCGACAAGGAUGAGGAGGUGGCUUCGACCGUCGGGGAAGUGGUGGCCGAGGUUGACAUGACUUUGCACCGGUUUUCGCCGGCUACAAUGUCGCACCUUACUUCUAUGAAUUCCCAGGAGUUUGCUUCUGCCAUGGAUUCUUUCGCGCGGAGCCCGUCCCUGUGCGGAGAAUUUGGGCACACCUGUAGUCUGAGGUGCAGGACCAAUAGCGUAGAUAUCGAUGCACAAAAUGCAUCAGGAAUCGAGUCCAUGAGGGCCUCGAAUGCAUCACGGGAAGUGGCAGAGGGCGCUGGAAAUCCUCAGAGGGAGGAAGGCGCAUCGUGGAGGAGGGUUUCCAGAAGUUUUGGCAGCCAACGAUGUGGCUCCAGAGGCGAGGCUUCUCUCCAAGCCUCGGAACCGAGGGAAAGCUCCAUGGAGAGGUGGAAGGGUAGGAUUCGGAAGACAUGUGUCUAUCUCGUGACUAUCGGGAUGCUCAUCUCUCUUCUGAUGGGGUUAAACAUGUCUUGGACUGCAAUCACUGCUGCUCUUGCUCUGGUGGUGCUCGAUUUCAAGGAUGCUUGCCCUUGCCUGGAGAAGGUUUCAUACUCCCUGUUAAUAUUCUUUUGCGGGAUGUUCAUAACUGUUGAUGGCUUUAAUAAAACCGGCAUACCGAGUGCUCUAUGGGACUUUCUUGAGCCAUAUUCCCGCAUUGACAGAGCUAGUGGGGUUGCACUUCUCUCCCUGGUUAUUCUUCUGCUCUCAAAUGUUGCCUCCAAUGUCCCUACGGUUCUCCUGCUCGGUGCAAGAAUUGCAGCAUCUGCUGCACUUGUUUCUCCAGCUGAAGAGAUGCGGGCAUGGCUCAUACUAGCAUGGGUCAGCACAGUGGCCGGAAACCUCUCUUUGCUGGGAUCGGCGGCGAAUCUUAUAGUAUGUGAGCAGGCUCGGCGAGUUGAGGACUUUGCUUAUAACCUCUCGUUCCUUGGCCAUCUACGUUUCGGAGUCCCUUCAACCCUUGUUGUCACAGGGAUUGGCUUGCUCUUGGUCAGGAGUUACUGAAUGUCUUGAACAGUCAUGUAAAGAGUAGAUUGAUUCUUCAUGACUAUUUACUGGUGUCAGGUCUAAUUUAUCAUGUAUUAACUUAACCACUUUCUUUUUUCACCGUCAUGAAAGGGAAAAAUGGUGUGGAAUACUAUUAUAUCUGGUUAUGUAGUCUUUCUGAUUUGCAAAA